AGCGCAUUUGCAAAAUAUUGGCACUUCCGACAAGUAACAAAGUGUUCAACAUUAAACAAUUGUCAAAUAUAACUUUGUGAGUUCUCAAUCAACCAAUCAGACAAAAUGGCACCUGGAGUCGGCAAGGCGAUGAAGAAGUCACCGGGGAAAGCGCAAAAGAACAUCGUUGCCAAGCCUAAGGGCGACAGGAAGCGCAAGACCGCGAGGAAGCAAACGUACGGCAUCUACAUCUAUAAAGUGCUCAAACAAGUGCACCCCGACACCGGCGUCUCGUCAAAGGCCAUGAGCAUCAUGAACAGCUUCGUCAACGACCUUUUCGAGCGCAUCGCCGGCGAGGCCGGUCGCCUGGUCCAAUACAACAAUGGUAGGACGUUAACUAGUAGAGAGAUCCAGACGGCCGUCCGCCUUUUGUUGCCCGGCGAAUUGGCCAAACAUGCCGUAAGCGAAGGCACCAAGGCCGUUACCAAGUAUACCAGCUCAAAAUAAUGAAAUUUCUACGUAACCUAACAAGCUUCUAAUAACGCAUAUUUUUUUAAUGUAAUAUAAUUAUAAUUUAUAAUAUAGUAACUAUUUAUAAUAACUUAAUCACUAAAAUAUUAAUAUUAAAACGGUUCUUCUCAGAGCCACAACA